UCUUCAAAUUGCGAAGAAAUAAUUGCUUGAAUCUUCUAAUAUCAAGUUUAUAAUCAUCAAUUCACAUUCAAAAUGUCUGGAGCUGGUACAAAGGUCAAAGAUCCACACUCAAUCAUAAAAGAGGGUGCCGGAGCAAUAGCAUCAGAUUCUCUUGCAGCCGAAUCUACGAGAGCUGGCGGAGGCUUCGCUGGAAAUCGCGACGGCGAACCAUUAGGCGUUGCAGGCGCAAACUCCACAUUUGCAAAUACCAAUACAUCUGGAGCUACUCGUCUAGAUCCUGCUUCCGAUGCUGAAGCACGAAUGGCGACUGAAGAUUGGGCGGAAGAGAAGAUACUUGGAGCUACUGGUUCAUACCAGAAAGAUGCUGGUAACCCCAAUGUAAGGAAUAGCACAAGUAAUGCGGGGGUCGCACCGAGUUAUGUCUCCAAUCAAUACCAGUCUGGCGGCAACCCGAAAGGAAAGAAUUUGACGGAAGGGGGAUUUGAGAGUAAUGAUGCAAAGAAUGCCAGUUUUACUUCAGAAAUUGGAUCAAAGAAUGAUCCGAGUCGACUUGCUGAGCAGAAGAUGCAGAGAGAGAAUGCUCAAUCAGCGAAUGAUGCAGGCUUCCCCAGGGAUAACAACGCAACGGGUGGAACUCCAUAUGAUGUUUUAGGUGGUGAUACCGCAGCUUGAGAGAUUACAUUUGAUAAGUUCAGGAAACAGUCGAAGGAAAUUGUUUGGAGAUCGCUUUAAUGACAUGAUUUGAUUGAAAAUAAAUGAGUUUUGU